CGUGACGUCACAGGUCUGCGCCGCGCUCCCGCAUCUGUGAUUCGGCUGAAGAAAGUGUGCAGACUACUGAACUAGGGAGCUGAUGGAGACGCACACAGAGAUCCGUCUGUUAAUGAUUCUGAUCUCAAACACACAGAGAAACUCCUGCUGAAGCACACUGUUAUAAAGAUGGAGUUUAUUAAAGAGGAGAGUGAAGACCUGAAGAUUGAAGAAACACUCAAACAUGAAGAUACUGACGAACACACAGACCUGAUGGCGCUGAAAGAGGAGAGUCAAGACCUGAAUGAAAUGGAAGAGAAUAAUCAGGAUGAGAAAUAUCAUGACCUCAUGGCUGGAGAAAAAUCUUUUAGUUACUCACAGACUCAUAAAACAGUAACUGCAAACCUUAAAGUCCAGUCCAUUGGAGAGAGUCCUUUCACCUGCCAACACUGUGGAAGAAGAUUUAUUAGAAAAGAAGGCUUUAAAAGCCACUUGAAAAUCCACACUGGAGAGAAUUUGUUCAUGUGUCCUCGGUGUAGAAAGAGUUUUACACAGAAAAAUAACCUUAAGGCCCACAUGAGGAUUCACACUGGAGAGAAGCCUUACUCCUGCAAACUGUGUGAGAUGAGCUUCAGACGAAAAGAUUGUUUUAGGUCUCACAUGACGGUUCACACUGGAGAGAGCCCUUUCACCUGCCAGCAGUGUGGAAAGGGUUUUAUUAGAAAAGAAAGCCUUAAAAGCCACUUGAAAAUCCACACUGGGGAGAAUUUGUUCAUGUGUCCUCAUUGUGGGAAGAGUUUUAGACAGAACAAAUCCUUAAAUUCCCACUUGAAAAUCCACACUGGAGAGAAUUUGUUCAUGUGCCCUCAGUGUGGAAAGAGUUUUACACACAAAUCAACCUUUAAUACUCACAUGAGAGUUCACACAGGAGAGAAACCGUAUAAUUGUGAUCAGUGUGAAAAGAGUUUCAGGUGUAAAGCACAGCUAAAUGUUCACAUGAGGAUUCACUCGGGAGAGAACUGUUUUAUAUGUCAGCAGUGUGGAAUGAGUUUCUCUCACAGAAUAAACCUCAAGAUUCACAUGAGAAUUCACACUGGAGAGAAGCCUUUCACCUGUCCUCAGUGUGGAAAGAGCUUCACAAUUAAAGGAAACCUUAAGAUUCACAUCAGAGUUCACACUGGAGAGAAACCUUACAAGUGUGUUCAGUGUGAAAAGAGUUUCACAUAUCACUCAAACCUGAAACGGCAUUUGCAAACUCAUUCUUUAAAGAAAAUUCUUAUUUCCACUGUGUGAUAAGAGGUUUAGAAAAAGGAGCAAUUUCAGCAAUUAUCUGUGCAUUUACUCUAGAGAAAGAAAUUCAAUUGUGUUCAGUCUAAUAAAAACAUCACACUUAAACAUACAUACUAAGGUCAUUUACAAAUUAAAGUAAUGUAAAUGUCAGACCCUGUUUGUGUUCUUUGUUAAAAAGUACC